GGCAAUAGCUCCGCCACGCCGCGACAAUCAGUAAACGUUUCGGCACUGUCGCGCGUACCACGUGUGGCGCCGCGCCGAUCCCGCCCGCGUGUUUUCCGACGUCCGAACAUGCGUCAACCCUCCCCGUGUGCCGUCCCUUAAACCUCGCGAAACACGCGUCAAGUUGUGUUCGUCGUGCGUGAAUUCAUCCCGGUGUGUCGUCGUUCAACCCCGCGAAAAACGUGAAAACGUUACCGGUGUGUGUCGAAACUCGCGUAAACUUGCCCGCGAGUGCCGCCGUAAAGCCUCGCGAAGCACGUGAAAACGUUACCGGUGUGUGUUGAAAUUCGCGUAAACUUAUUUGCGAGUGCCGUCGUGAAGCCUCGCGAAACACGUGAAAACUGCACCGGUGUGUGUUGAAACUCGCGAAAACUUGUCAGCGAGCGUCGUCUAAUAAACACGUGAAAACAUAUUUGCUGCAGCGUCGAAACUUGUGCGAGUGUCGUCGUUCAAACCUCUGUGAAACACGCGUAAGUUGCCAGCUGUGCCGCCAUUCGAAUUUGUGAAAAAAUUGAUCGUGAGAUUCGCACGUGUAAGAUUCACUCCUCGAAUGAAUUCCGUUUGGAAAUUGUAAAUUUUUGUGUAAAAUAAUCCGGAGAGCCCCCUAAUAUUUUUAACCGUUACGUACUUGUGUGAAUAGUGUUCUGGUAAUUGAUUUGCCUACACGUUACGAGUCAACUUUUAUGCACUGGUGAUCAAGAUUUUCGCGUUAACUGUCCAAAAUUGCGUCGAUUUCGUAUUUCUUUAGAAUCUCCAAUAAUUUUCCCUCGUCUCAGAAAAUUGAACCUCUCGAAAAGCGUUUUCUAUUCGUCUUUCGUGUGGUAAUUAGCCUAACAUGAUUACUCUUAUCAAUUCAAGCCGGUCGUGUUUUAAGCUCGCGAAGUAAUUCCUAACAUUCGUAUACUGUCUACAGGUAUAUUUUCGGCCUGACAAGUUUAUUAAAACGGUUGACGUGUCGAAAGUGAUAACAGGACGUUUUUGCUCGUCACCGCGUUAGCGAUGGAUUGUUAUUUUUCGAAUCGUUGCUAGUUGUUUGUGCUUGGGUGCGUUGUAGUGUUUGUUGUGUCUGUGUCGCCUGUAAACGGGGAAUUUUCCAAACUAAUACUUUUUUCUUUUAACGGGAAUCCAUUCUGCUGAAAUCUUUGAAUUGUCGCCUCUCGGACUCAAUCAAGUUUUUUCCAGCAAUCGAUCUUACUCUAACCGCAGUGAAAUUAAAAAUUGAUCGCAGUGUAAAGAGUGGAAUCCAACUCUGUCUAAAAUUUAUACAUGGGCCAGAAACAUCUAUUUACCGAACCCACGCCCUCUUCCGCGUCACAAGAUAUUUCAUUCCCGGAUCAAAAUGUCUUGACCAUCGGAUCGCACGAACGAUAGUCCAACCACAUCAUCAAACCCUCACUAUGAGGUGUGGCGCGUGCAGUGAGCAUCGAAUCUUGCCCAAUCAAACCGAGUUCGAUCAAACCAUGUUCCAUCAAACCGCAAUCCACCAAACCGGCGCGUGAAUCGCUCGUGGUAUUUAUACGCGUUAGAAAUCAACCCGAGUUUGAUCAAACCGCGUUCCGUCAAACCGGCAUCCGAAUGUCUCGCGUGUGUUAGUAAACUCAGCUAUGUUCGAGUGUGCGUCGAACGGUACAGUCCGGGCAUCCCCGGUCAAAGACGGCGUGCGGACGUUCACGCAUAUGCUGGCAGCCGUCGUCAUCAAACUGAUUUGCUCAAACCCGCUCGGCGGUAUAGGUCUUAGUUUGAAGAAUGUCUGGUGGCGCGUCCGGUACAAAGCGCCAUCGUCAUGUGACGGAGUGAAAAAUCCGAGUGAAAGUUCCGUGUGUGCGUCGUUCUCCACCGCAUCGGCCUUCCUGUGCGUCACGUAUCCAAGUUUCGUUGCUCAGUGUGUCACGUUUCUCUCUCUCGCCGUAACGUAUUUCCGAGUUUUUACGUUCCCAGAUCUCUCAAAUCAUUUCCACCACCUCGUGAAUAAGGAAUCCUUAGCUAGUAGUUUGUCGCUCGUGCAUAUCGUGGCCGCAGCCUUGACGCGGUUUCACGUUUGUGUCGUGCGUGACGUCACGUGUCACGUUUCUAACCUCAUGUCCGUCACGCAUCGGUUCCUACGCUUCAUGGCGGCGUUGGACAGUUGUCUGCGGAGGGUGGUCUGCCGGCGGAGUUUUGUGAUACUGCUCCUUUGCGCGAACCUGGGGCUCGUCGCGGAGGGUCGCCUAGGGUCCAAGAGGGACCUGACGAAGAAGGAAGUGCAGAUUGUUCUGAUAGCCCCAGCGGACCCAAAGCUCCUGAAAGACGAGGGGCUGGAGCCGUUGCCAGCCAUAUCGCCAGCUGUCCAGCUGGCAGUCAAGAACAUUUCGGACCCACAGACCGGACUCCUGCCCGGGUGGAAUAUCAGCGUCAUCGAAAAGGACUCACAGUGCUCCUCCGCCUGGGGACCUAUCGCCGCUUUUGAGUACCAUCAAACUGCAGACAUGUUCUUGGGCCCGGUGUGCGAGUACGUGAUCGCGCAGGUUGCCCGCUUCUCGGGGGUGGUGUGGGGGAUCCCGGUGCUCACGGCCGGGGCCCAGGCCAAGGUGUUCGACAACAAGACCGACGACUUCAAGAUGCUCACCCGCAUGCUCUCCGGCGACAACCUCAUCCAGAUCGCCCUCAAGCAGAUCCUCUCCGACUUCGGCUGGAACCAGGUCGGGCUCCUCUACGAGAACUACGAGGAGGACCGCGGGCACUCCAAGUGCCACUUCACCCUCGCCGCCGUCUACUCGGCCAUGGGCAAGAAGUCCUACCACGAGGGCUUCUACCGGGUCGCCACCUACAGCUACUUCCUCGAGCAGCUCCAGGUCAUGUCCACCAAGGCCCGAAUAAUCGUAUUGUGUGCCACGCCUCCAAAGGUUCGUGAAAUCAUGCUCGCAGCGGAGGAACUUAAUAUGAUUGACUCCGGAGAAUACGUAUUCUUCAACAUCGAACUGUUCAGCAAGAUGGAUCACUCCUCCUUGCGACCAUGGAAAGUAGAGAAUGACACGGAUGAACGAAAUGAAAAAGCAAGACGCGCCUACCAAGCCAUGCUCAUCGUAUCUGCUCGGACGCCGACCAAUGAUGCCUAUCAAAAGUUUUCCGAUGAGGUGAAGAGUCUUGCCGUGCACAAUAAUUACAAGGAUUUCGGCAACGAGACUGUGUCAACGUUCGUGACUGCGUUCUACGAUGCCGUUCUCCUAUACGCGCUCGCCCUCAACGAAACCCUGGCUGUAGGAAAGCAACAGAGGGAUGGAGCCGAGAUUACCAGGCGCAUGUGGAACAGGACUUUCACAGGAAUCACUGGUGAAGUUAACAUAGAUCCAAAUGGCGAUCGGAUAUCCGACUACUCUCUCUUGGACAUGGAUUAUGAAACGAAUGAAUUUAAGGUAGUGGCUUAUUACUUCGGGAAAACAAGCAAAGUCGAAUAUUUAAGUGGAGCCAAAAUCCAUUGGCCUGGUGGGAGGACAUCACCCCCUCCGGACACUCCCAAGUGUGGAUUUGAUGGGAGUCUCUGCCGAUCUUUUCCAAUCUAUGCAAUCAUAACGAUGGUUUUAAGUUUCGCUGUAGUGGUGCUGAUUGGGGCCUCCUUAUUCAUUUAUCGGCACUACAAACUGGAGGCGGAAAUUGCUCAAAUGACAUGGCGAGUCUCCUAUUCAGAGAUAGACGACAAGCGUGGCGGGAAAUUAAGGGGCUCGUUCAGCAGUCUCCAAAGAAGAAACAGUUUGACGUCGGAAAUCUCUGAGGAUGCCAUGAGUGUCUUUGAGUCCGGCCGUCAAGAAUUUGCGACAACUGCCGUUUACAAGGGUAACCGCGUGGCUGUGAAAAAACUGUGUCAGCGGAGGAUCGAACUGACCAGACCUCUGCUGCUGGAGCUCAAAAGAUUAAAAGACUUGCACCACGACCACUUAGUCCGAUUUUAUGGGGCAUGUGUGGAUCCUCCAGAGCCGUGCUUGCUCACAGAAUACUGCCCCAAAGGAUCUCUGCAGGAUAUUUUAGAAAACGAAGAAUUCAAAUUAGAACCUAUUUUUAAAUACAGUCUCAUGCACGAUAUCGUCAAGGGUAUGAGCUACCUGCACGCCAGCGAGAUCAAAUCUCAUGGUGGGCUCAAGUCAUCAAAUUGUGUCGUCGACAGUCGAUUCGUCCUAAAAAUUGCCGAUUUUGGUCUCAGGAGUCUGAGGGCAAGCGAUAGCAACUGCUCAGAAGACAAAGAUACUUACGCUUACUGGCGCAGAUUCGUGUGGACGGCUCCAGAGCUGCUGAGAUUGCCGAAUCCACCACCAGAGGGCACGCAAAAGGGAGAUGUCUACUCCUUCGCAAUAAUCGUCCAUGAGAUCGUCACGCGGCAGGGUCCGUUCUACUUAGACGAGACUGAGUAUCCUAUGCUUGUGGAACCCAGACAAAUCGUGGAGGAGGUCAAAAAUGGAGUCUCCUUCCUCAGGCCAUCGGUACCUGAAAACUUAGACUGUGAUGAUGAGAUUGUAAGUUUGAUGCGUCGUUGCUGGGCCGAGGACCCAACAGAAAGGCCAGAUUUCACAACUCUCAAAACUUUAAUAAGAAAACUUAACAAAGAUUUCGAAACGGAUAAUAUUCUUGAUAAUUUGCUAGCUCGUAUGGAGAAGUACGCCAAUAAUUUGGAAUCGCUCGUCGAGGAGAGAACCGCAGACUACAAAGAAGAAAAGAGAAAAUGUGAAGAGCUUCUUUACAGGCUUCUUCCUACGUCGGUGGCGAGCCAGCUGAUAGCGGGUCAAGCUGUGGUGGCAGAGUGCUACGACAAUGUGACGAUAUACUUCUCGGACAUCGUCGGUUUUACCUCGCUCAGCGCCGAGAGCACGCCUUUGCAGGUGGUCGAGUUGCUCAACGAUCUCUACACUACUUUCGAUUCUAUCAUCGGAGGCUUCGACGUCUACAAGGUGGAGACAAUCGGUGAUGCGUACAUGGUAGUGUCAGGGCUGCCCGUUCGCAACGGUCUAGAGCACGCGCGAGAAAUCGCGCUGAUGUCUCUAGAGUUACUGAAGGCUGUGAAGACUUUCACCAUAAAACACAGACCUGACGACAAGCUCAAACUCCGAAUCGGAAUUCACUCUGGACCUUGUGUUGCCGGAGUCGUGGGUCUCAAAAUGCCGAGGUACUGCCUUUUUGGUGAUACUGUAAAUACUGCUUCGCGAAUGGAGUCCACGGGCCAAGCUCUAAGGAUUCACGUAAGCAAAUCGACAAAACACAUCCUAGAUGCGUUUGGCACAUUCCUAUUAGAAGAAAGAGGAUUAGUCGAAAUGAAGGGCAAAGGGAAAAUGCACACCUUCUGGCUACUGGGCCACGACUCGACUGCCAUCAGCUCCUGCCCGAGGGUGGCCCGACCGGAGUCACCCCCCGACGCUGACCCCCCGCCCCCGCUGCACAUGUCCCCGCCCCCGCCCUCCCCGCCCCCGCCCCUCGUGACGUCACCCACCAUCAUGCCGCCUUCCUACAACACCAUGUGCAGCGUCCUCACCAACAACAACAAGCACAUCGAGGCCAACCACAACCAUGCCAUAAGCUCCUCCACGCCCCUGCUCCAAGAGGAGACCUGAGGGGCCCCCGACGGAAACCCCGAUGGAAGGCCACGACGCAAGGGUUUUUGCCCACGCUCUUGGGACCACGAGGACAUUUCCCAUGGCGCGUCGCACAGUGGAUUGAGUCCAUUAGAGAAGGCGCACAUAAAAUUUUGACUAGAAUUGCAUAUUUUUAUGUUUAUGUCGUCAAAUUUCAAGGGGUGCUUCACUGGAAAAUAACACAUCGGAUCUAGAGUCCA